AUGAAACGGUCAAUGGAGGCCACCGGAAGUUCUUCGUCGAACCAAGAAAAGAGAUUAAAGGAAGAUCUGAAGCAGGUUGGGUAUAAUAGCGACGAAGAACAAUCAGGGAAAACAGUUUUCAAACGGAUGUUCAAGUUCUACAAAAAACGCGCACCGCCACCGGAUUUCAGCGAUGUCAUCGAUCCUUCCAUUGUAAAUGAAGCCAGGGGAAUACAAAUUCAAUCACUUGCUACGAACGAGAAAUUUCUAUUUAACGAAACUCAUCGAGACAUGUUAGGUCUAAAAGAUCCGUCCGAUUGGAAAGUUACUACGAUCAAAGGGAGAGAAGGGCUCUACAUCUUGCCAGGAAUAGUUAGGGAAGAUGCGCAUCUUAAAUGGCUCGAUCGAACCUUCAAAUAUGCCGAACCACCAAACGUGACGAAUUUAACAGCACACGGAACAAGUCCAACCAGUGAUGUUUUAAAAGCGGUUGGAAAGAAUUUACGAUGGACGACGUUAGGAGUCGAUUAUAAUUGGGUGACGAAGGAGUAUCCUUUUGAGAAGCGCCAGUUUCCAACGGAAUUAAGUCGAUUGGCUGAGUUUGUAUGUGCUAUCGUUGGAGUGGGAGAAUUGAAGGCAGAUGCCGCUAUUGUUAACUACUAUCCUCCAAAGUCUACGUUAUCUCCACAUCAAGAUAGGUCGGAGCGAGAUCUCACGAGAGCGCUUGUUUCGGUUUCUUUUGGUCAAUCGGCUGUAUAUUUGACAGGAGGCAAUUCGUUAGAUGAGCCGGUCGACGCACUUUGGCUUCAUUCGGGAGAUGUUCUGGUGAUGCAUGCGGAUCAGAGACUAGUCUAUCACGCCGUCCCGUGUAUUGUUUCAACGCGCAAAUUCACCGGUCCUGAUGGUGCUUAUUCAAAGGAACUUCUGGAUUACGCGAGUACCAGCCGCGUCAAUAUAACGAUUCGACAAGUAAAUGAA